AUGAGGGCCAACUCACCAUUCGGACAUUUCGGGCAGACGGCAACGGCAGACGCGGAGAGCCCCACGCUCUUGCGGGGUGGAGGGGCAUGGCUUAUUCCCGCCUUGUUCGCUGGGCUUUCGAGCGCCGAAGUCGGUUUGGUUCUGGGUGCUUCCUUUGGUUCUAGAACUUCGGAGCCGUUGCGGCAAGUUUGCUCGGGUGUUAUGAGGUCAGAGAUGUACACAUGUAUAUGA